UGUCAAUCAUUCCAUCGCUCGCAGCUUCCCGCCAAUAUAAAGUUCCACGAACGCUCGCGCUGACGCCGUUUAAACAGAAAAAGUGUCAAUCAUUCAGUCGUUCGUUCCUAACCGCCUGCCGCUAUGACGUCACAUGAGUGCUGACCGCGCUACCUGUCAAUCAUUGCUUCUAGGCGAGCGUAAGAUGCGUGUGAAACCGCUAACGUUACUGUCCGUCCGCGAUGCUGGACACCGACGCAGCAUCAGCUGAGGAUAAUAACACCCUGUGCGCGUGAACGGUUUAGUAAUCCAGAGGGAAGUUAAGACGAAGCAUGGAUAAACGCGACAAGAAAGCGAAAAAGGACUCUACGAAACGCACAGGGAAGCUGUUCCGGAGGAAAUCGUUUAAACCUGUGGAAAGUUUGGUGAGUAAGAUCUUGAAAAGUUUGGUGAGCUUGGCCAGCGGCGGAGAAACAACCGAGCGCUCGGACGCUGAGGAUGAUGAUGGUGGGUUUGGAGAAAGCGCACCUUGCGCUGGAAACUCGGGACAUGUGAAACAAGAGGACAGCAGCCCGGCGAGGAAAGGUUCCUCGCUUCCGUGCCGUCCCUCCGCGAAAGAGCGACUGUUUUCGCUGUACGGGGAUAAAACGCCAGGCGUGCUGGGUCUGAAGAACCACGGGAACACCUGCUUCAUGAACGCCGUCGUGCAGUGCUUGAGCAACACGGACCUGCUCGCCGAAUACCUGUGUUUGGAGCGAUAUAAACUGGACCUGUGUCACAGGGCGAUGAACGGAUUUAUAAAGAGUGAGAACGAUCUGCAGGAGAAAGGAGAGGUUACGGAACGGCUCGCGUGCUUGGUCCGCGCGCUCUGGACUCUUCAGUACACUCCUCAACUCUCGGCUGAGUUUAAGAUGAUGGUAUCUAAAUAUGGUGCACAGUUCCGGGGGAAUUCCCAGCAUGACGCUCUUGAAUUCCUGCUCUGGCUUCUGGACCGCCUCCAUGAGGACGUCAACUCAUCUUCAGCCCUCCCCAAUGGGAAUAACAGAAGCAAAUCAAGUGGCAAGGGUCAAGAAGGAGGUGAUGAAAAGCCCGUCUCUGAUACCCUGACCCCACCACAGACACAGCCUGGUGUACGUCACAGCUUUGUACAAGAGCAUUUCCAGGCACAAUAUAAGUCAUCUCUGACAUGCCCACAUUGUCUUAAGCAGAGCAACACGUUUGAUCCUUUUCUGUGCAUUUCCCUCCCCAUACCUUUAAGACAGACGAAACCAGUGUGUGUGACUUUGGUGUUUAGCAGUAAAGGACAGCGGUAUCUGAGAGUGGGGCUCACUGUGCCUCUCUUUGGCUCUUUGGCAUGUCUGCGCCGGAUGGUGGCAGAUGAGGGCAAGAUCUCUCCUGAUCAGGUUAUAUUGACAGAGAUCUACACAACAGGUUUCCAGCGCUCGUUCUUUGAUGACGAUGACUUGACCAGCAUUGCAGAAAGUGACAUCAUCUAUGCCUUCCAAGCUCCACCCCUUUACAUUAGGGGUGGAUCUGCACGAAUCUCAGGGUUCCACCACAGUCUUCCGUCCUCUCCGUACACCUCGUCUGGCCCAGAGGGUCACAGACUGGCAGCGUCCGGAGCGCUGUCCUCGGAGUUCCUGAACCAGGCCGAUGGGAUGGUGAAGAUCUUGCUGUUGGUGUGUAAUGCAGCUGGAGCUGGACAGCAGGCAGUGAGAUUCGGUCCUCCAUUUCUGAUGAGAGAGGACAGGUCAGUGUCGUGGGACCAGCUACAGCAGAGCAUCCUCAGUAAACUCUACUAUCUAAUGAUCAAUGGAUCACAGGCACAUAAUUUCAGGGUGUUGUUCAAGAUUCGUGUUGUUGGGGGAUCUGCAGCUUAUAGCUACUUAAAUCCCCAAGACGGACGGCCACUUUAUCACCCUGCAGUGGACAGAGCUCUAAAGCUGUGCGGCUUAGGUGGACCACCGCAUGUGAAGCUCAUUGUUGAGUGGGAGCACAGAAUCAAAGACUGCCUGUUUGGUAACAUCCAAGAGGAGGUGGUGAAGGACUCGGAAAGUGUUCGUGCUCAACAACAACACCACGUUCAACAGCACAGCUGCACCCUGGAUGAGUGCUUCGAGCUCUACACUAAAGAAGAACAACUGGCCCCUGAUGAUGCAUGGAAGUGUCCUCACUGUAAGCAGCUAAAGCAGGGCAUGGUGCAGAUGAGCUUGUGGACCCUCCCAGACAUCCUCAUCCUUCACCUCAAACGCUUCCGGCAGGUGGGAGAGCGCCGUAACAAGCUCUCCACGCUGGUACAAUUCCCCCUCACUAGCCUCGAUAUGGGCCGCCACAUGGUCAAGAGGAGCAACUGUGCCCAACCACCGCCCGGCUGGAAACAACAGGCCCAUCACCGGCCCGAAGCCAGCCGACACACACUGAACUUCCUGUACGACCUGUACGCCGUGUGUAACCAUCAUGGAGGCAUGCAUGGAGGCCAUUACACAGCAUACUGCAGGAACUCAGUGGAUGGUCAGUGGUAUGCGUACGAUGACAGCAGUGUUGAGCCGGUGCCUGAGGGGGAAGUGUGCACACGUGGUGCUUAUAUCCUGUUCUAUCAGAGACGAGAUGCCAUCCCAUCCUGGUCAGCUAGCUGCUCUCGACAAGGUUCCUCCAGCUCCUCUACAUCAGACCACUGGCUCAUCCAACUGAACGCGGACAAACAAAUUUCAAAUUCAAGUAGCAAGCUGUCCAACUCAUCUUCAGCCCCUGAGCCCCAGACCCCACACAUUCCUAUCAUCCAUGAGCCUCAAAAUAAAGACAGUGAUGUAGUUGAGCCGACGCCAUUUGUACGAAGCGUCCGGGGCCACAGUAUGAGUAUGCGCUACCACUCCAAAUCCAAGACAGGGCCAGGCAAAGUUCUUCCACUGCGCUGGUCAUUUGCUUCGAAGGACCGCAGAAAGCCCUCCAGCGUUGCUCCACAAAUCGGAAACGAUGAGCUGGUGGAGUACCUUGAGUCCGGCCGGCGGCCUCGAUGCACCAAGGAGCCCAUAGUAAGUAUCGUGGCUAGUCCUUCACAGGUCAAAGCCCAGCUUUGCAAGGACGGUUCUCUGAGUUCCCCUAGCUGUGGCAGUAGUGUGGAGCAAAGUAGAUAUCAAGGUCCGGAUUCUCCCAGACUGCCUGAAGGCCAGAGCAGACCAGCAUCGGACCUUAACGGUGUCACAUCCAAUGGCUCGAUGGCCAAAAACAGUUCAAAAAGCAGACAGGAGCACGAAAGGACUCAGGCCAGCAAAUCACUGCAAAGUUCCCCUACUGUGCUGUCCAAUGGUACUAGCAACAGUGCAUCUCAUUCAAGAGACUCCACGUUAAAAGAGCUACGAAACCAGCCAGCUACGAAAAGCAGGACUCAUCCCAGACAGACUCAGAUGGCCACAGAGGAAAGCAGGAGUAAAGAUGGCCCCUUCAUCAGCACCGGCAGACUGCAGGAUAAGGAGGUGGGUCACGGGAAAACGCUUUCCAGCAAGAGCUUGACCAAACUGUCUCUAUCCAAUGGGACUCUAAAUGGAAAUGGUAUUGAGGUGAGGAAGACCGGCACUGCUCAGAAGGGCACCAGUAAAGUGGUUAACGGCAGAGAAAAGCAGGUUUCUUGGAGCACAGCUGAUAUAAAACGCGCCCACAGCUCAUCCAAUAUUCAGAGCAGGCUAGACAUGACUUUGAAAAGGACGCUGUCUCUCCAAAGAAACGGUCCCUUGGUGCCGGCCCCCCAUAAAGCGCCAGCGGUAGAUAAAUCCUCCUAUGCAACACUACAGAGAAUCAGAUACAGCAGCACUUCACUCGGCAGACAGAGACCUGUGCCCGAGUCCUGCUUCUGAUGGGUUUCAUCUCCACUGUGGGAAAUAGUAUUUGUAAAUAUGUCUUACUUAAGUCAUACUAUUGCUGUUUUGCAAAACCUAGUGAGCACUGAAAAGCAUUUUAUGCACGUUUCCAACAAAAAGCCUGGUUCAGAAGGCUUAAAACGCCUUGUUUUCACCAAAAGGCAGCAGACAGACUUUAAAGAGAUUGCACUCCUAUAAUGCAUUGCAACAAAUUCAGUGAACAAAUCCAAGACAGGAGUAAGAGUCUUCAUUUUCUCCCCACAUAAGAGCCACAGAGGACGCAAUGGAUUAGUUUUGUUUUUAAGGUAACGCGCCACUGAAUACACAUAAAAAGGAAGAAAGGGGUGAGCUGUAGCCCAUUAUCAUUUAGAGACAUGCACCGAAACGGCUCGCUAUGAACAGAGCAGUGUUUGACAAGGUAAAAACAGCUUAAGGAAUUCAUUAAGGAAUUUUAACUUAAUGAAUUCCUUAAGCUGUUUUUUUAAGUAUGUUGCAGACCACCUUAAAGAACACCUUAAAGAAUCAUACCAACCUGUGCAAAAUGGGUAUCUGAUGUCCCCUUUAACUAUAUGCACUUUUGACCCUGUGGACUUUUAGGACUUUUAUAACUCUUAAUUAGUCCAUUUACAAUGUCCCUUUUUCCUGAAAAAUUUCAUUAAUUUUUUCCACCAGACUGUCAUUUCCAGCACAUCUCAAAUUAUAUAUUGUUUAAUGACAUUCUGGGAUGGAAAUGACAGUUUGACAUUUGGAAUAAAAUGACAGACUCUUCUGUUUUACUAAGCUUAAAUUUGUAGCUAGCAUUUUAUGUAUCAUAGAUAAACACAUUUGACAAAAUUACAGCUUGAUCGCAAAUUGGGCAAAAAAAGCAAAACUACUCUAAUUGAUGUUUACCUUGUUUUUUUCCCCUUAAUUUUGUAACAAAUUUGAUUUCACCUCAAGCUGUCCACUGACACUGUUGUCUCCUUAGUAUCCAAGUACAAGUAUUUUUGAUAAUAAAUUAGGAGCAACAUUUUUGAUGUGGUGGUAAUGACACCGCAACUGUCGAACAGUCGCAACUUUUCUGAAAAACUAAUAUAUCUUCACACAGUAACUAUAGAUAUACUGUAAAAGACAUUUGAACCAUUUUAAAAGAAUAAAAUAAAAAUGCUUCCAAGUCAGUAUUAUUGUAACUGUCAUAUAGCAAAAAAGAAUCUGACGGCUAGUAGUUGAAAAUCAACCCCUGGGACUUAAAAGUUGAAAAAACACUUAAAUAUAGUAUUUAAGUUACUCUCGUGUCAUCUGUAUUGAAAAUGAUUGCGAAUUUCCCAUUUGUUGAUGAUUGCUGAGUGUCCUAUUUGUAUGACACCUUCUGCAUAUACAGAGCAUCUCAUGAGAUUCUAAUUCAGAAUCUUAGAAGGUAGCUACCUAUGUAGGGUGUAGGCAGUGAGGCAGCUCACUAGGUUUUGGAUCAGAGCUUGUGUUUCCCCUCUCAAAUCUGACAUUCUGUAUCAUAACUUUUUAUUGUUUUUAGAAACAAUAUUUAACUUGCAUAUCUAGAAGCCUGUGCUUAAAUCUCCAUUUAUACCUGCAGAGAUGUAGCAUCACAUGUAAGUGGCUGGAAUUAGCAGUAAUGAUACAGUAGGAUCUGCUUGAAGGUCAGAAUGGAGGUCUGCUUUAUGUGUUUAGUGAACUGUUAUGUAUAUUUAUGCAAGUGCCUUUUUGUAAAGAUCUCAGGAUAGGGAUCAUUACCUACUAUAUACAUACAUGCGCACACCUCACCACAGAUGAAAUAAAUCUACAGAACGCGCAAACAUUUAUUCAUCUCGCUCCCACAAUAUCCCAAACUACACUAAAUGUUUCAUAUCAACGUGCACCUUGUUCACUGCUAGAUUCACUGUUUGUUUUCUGACGGGAAACUUUGCGAGUACAAUCAGACAUUAUAGAGUUCUAACAGCGCGUUCAAGUAUCAGCUGGAAAUCGAGCAUAUAAAUAUCAAUAUGAUACAGAUGCCCACAGACUGAGAAUGAUGUGAUUUAGAAUAUGAGUGUUUUAUUUUAUUUUUGUAAGUUUUAAAUAUGAAUAUCACUCGGUCACUGUAACAGAAUAAUAUAGUAAUAGUGUAAUAUUACUUAACUCUGUUUUGCCACUCACAUUUUAAACAAUUCAUUAAAUUAUAAUCCCAGUGCACUUUCCUGAUCUCUGGAGUGAUGUGCUCUCAUAUCACUGCUCAAUCUGAAUAUGAUAAUGCUUUACGUGAACCAUUCACCUGAAAUUAGUCUCCCUGUGUUAUUGCUAAUGCACACUAAACCUGAAGACCCGUGCUUACGUAAGAUUAAGAUUAAUGUUUUUGGAUGUAAUGAUUACUGAGGACAUAUAUUCUCAUCUUCUCCUGAGAGAUUUAAGUUCUUUAUUCUUUAGGUUUUUGUACCACACAUUUUUUAAUUGUGUGUAUUAUGUGUAAUUAAACACAGGCUGAGAUGCUUGUUAAGUAGCAAGAGAUCAAGCAAGUCAUCACGGAUUUCAAAACUUUGUGCUAACCCAUUGCAACUGGUUUUAUUCUUAGAUUUUUAAGCACAACUUUUCUAAACACAUUUUUAAUGAGUUGGUUGUUCUGCUUUAAAACAGAUGCAUUUGCACCUCAAUCAAUAAAUCAUUUCACUGCCUCUGAGAUUGUCAUUCCUAUCAUGUCAUGAUUUUAUAUGACGCAACAUCGUCUAAAUGUCAAUACAACUGUAUGGUGUGAACAUUGAUUGAUUCUUGUUGUUACAGAGAUGGCAGCUAUAUUGCAGAUGCAAAUAAAGCAUUGUGACCUA